AUGGGUAGUUCUUUUGAGCCAUCAUCAUCCAUAAGUUUCACUUCAUCAUCACAGACAUCGAAUGGGUCGAUUGGGCAGAUUGUGCCACCUUCUGGUGGAUCUAGUCUUGAAAUUAUCAGUUUAAGUAAGCUCAGCAAUAGUUUGGAGCAACUCUUGUCUGAUACAACUUCAGAUUUUAGUGAUGCUGAUAUUGUUGUAGAGGGGACUACGGUUGGUGUCCACCGGUGUAUAUUAGCAGCUAGGAGUAAGUUUUUUCAUGUGCUCUUUAGAAAAGAAAAGGAGGGCGUUGGAAAGGAAGGUAAACCGAGGUAUUGUAUGGAAGAUUUGCUGCCUUAUGGUGAGGUUGGAUACGAGGCUUUCCUCACUUUCUUGAGCUAUCUGUACACGGGAAAACUGAAGCCUUCUCCACCAGAGGUUUCUACUUGUGUUGACACCAUAUGUGCACAUGAUUCUUGUAGGCCAGCGAUUAACUUUGUCGUGGAAAUGAUGUUUGCAUCUUCGGUAUUUCAGGUGCCAGAGUUACUCUCACUUUUUCAGAGGCGCCUUCUUAAUUUUGUUGGAAGAGCUGUAGUGGAAGAUGUCAUCCCUAUACUAGUUGUUGCCUUCCAUUGCCAAUCAAAUCAGCUUCUCAAUGAAUGCAUUGAUAGAGUGGCUCGAUCAGAUCUUGAAAGCAUAUUUAUUGAGAAAGAGGUCCCCUUUGAGGUUGCUGAGCGCAUUAAAUUGCAGCGGGUCAAGUCUCAGGCAGAUGAAAAUAAAGCCAUGCCACUAGAUCCACUGCGUGAGAAAAGAAUAAGGAGAAUAUACAAGGCAUUAGACUCGGAUGAUGUUGAACUUGUCAAUCUUCUCCUGACUGAGUCUGAUGUAACACUAGAUGAAGCCUAUGCUCUUCAUUAUGCUAUCGCGCAUUGUGAUCCCAAGAUUGUGACUGAGGUGCUAAGUCUGGGUUUAGCUGAUGUAAACCUUCGGAAUCCUCGGGGUUACACUGUGCUUCAUAUUGCCGCAAUGCGCAAGGAGCCAUCAAUCAUAGUGUCCCUUCUGACAAAGGGGGCUUGUGUAUUGGAGUCAACAUGGGAUGGACAAAGUGCAGUUAGAAUCUGCAGGCGGUUAACUAGGCCGAAAGAUUAUCAUGCAAAAACAGAACAAGGCCAGGAAGCGAACAAAGACAGGAUAUGUAUUGAUGUCUUAGAGAGGGAGAUGCUCAGGAAACCAAUGGCUGGAGAUGGGUUAUCCUCUUCACCAAUGAUGGCUGAUGAUCUGCACAUGAAACUCCUUUACCUGGAAAAUAGAGUGGCAUUUGCACGACUACUAUUCCCCCUUGAAGCUAAACUAGCCAUGGAAAUUGCAAAUGCUGAGAUGACAGCUGAGUUUGCCGGUUUCUUGGCAUCUAAAGGUUCAAAUGGGAAUUUGAGGGAGGUGGAUUUGAACGAGACACCAAUAAUGCAGAAAAAUAGACUUCUGUCAAGGUUAGAAGCCCUCUCAAAGACAGUGGAGCUGGGCCGACGUUAUUUUCCCAAUUGCUCUCUUGUUCUGGAUAAGUUCAUGGAGGACGACUUACCUGAUCUAUUCUACCUAGAGAAGGGCACUUCAGAGGAGCAAAAAAUUAAGAGGAAGCGAUUUAAAGAGCUCAAAGAUGAUGUCCAAAGGGCAUUCAACAAGGACAAGGCUGAAAAUCGUUGCUCUGGCUUGUCUUCAUCUUCGUCUUGCAAUUCUCUGAAAGACCAUAUGAGUUAUAAAUUUAGGAAAAUGUGAAAGUAUAUAGUGGAUCCACUCUCACAAGUACACAGUUUUGAAUGGAGAAUGUUGUCCUCAAAACUCUCAUGUAAACGUAAAAUGUUAAGAAGAGCAAUUACUGUUGCUUACCCAUAUUUUAAUACUUAAUGAUGCUUACUAGACUACUUUCAGAUCUAUAGAUUAGAGUGAACUAAAGCUCUUACACAAUAACUUAAUGUUGUGCAGAUUUUCCCAUUUCCUUCCUGUAGUUCUACAUUUCUACCAUAGCAGUAGUUUUGCUUGACA